CUGAAGAAGAAGAACAGACAGACAAAAUGGCUGAGGGACGAAGCUAGCUGCUCGGCUAAUGUAAACAUCCACCUACAUUAGACUGGAGCUGGAGCGACGACAACGUUACGCGAUAGCUUCGUGAAGCUACGAAUGAUCGUUGUUUUCACUUCUGAAGAUGAUGAGCCAGCGGCGUGGGAUCCAUCUGGACCAAUCAGAGCUGCUUUGCAAAAAAGGAUGUGGCUUUUAUGGCAACACUGGCUGGCAGGGCCUGUGCUCAAAGUGCUGGCGAGAGGAAAAUCAACGAGAGAAGCAAAAACAGAUUCAAGAAGACUGGGCACUUGCUGAAAGGCUGCAAAAAGAGGAAGAGGAAGCAUAUGCAAGCAGAAAUCAGAAGGCCCAAACACAGCCUACCAUCACACCUUUUGGCAAGUUUGAGGAAAGAAAAACUAAGGAGAAGUCCAGCAAAGUUAACACAGUUACAAAGUUUUUUACUCCCUCCUCAAAAACACCACCAAAAAAAGAUUCUCCUUUUGAUGCUCACUCCAGCCAAAGCCCCAGCUCCUCCACAAGCCGGCACUCCUCUGUGGACAGUGACCAUGCGACGAGAGAGUUCAUUGAUUUUCUCAAGCCUCUGAAGUCUGGCAGGGAGAUCUUCAAACAGUGCAGAGCCUUCACUGAGAGCAUGGUCUAUAAGAGGGACAUGGCAGCCGAUGAGCUGUCAGAGUGUGUGCAAGAUUUCUACCAGAAUCUCUCAGACCGCCUCCUCACCCAAUUCAAAGGUUCAUCAGAUCAUGUAGAGGGCGUCAUGGAUGAAGUAGAGAAAUACAUGAUGACUCGUCUUUACAAAGAAGUCUUCUGUCCAGAGACUACCGACGAUGAGAAGAAAGACCUUGCCAUUCAGAAGAGAAUCAGAGCCUUGCAUUGGGUAACCAUUGAGAUGCUGUGUGUUCCUGUAGAAGAGGAAAUCGCCGAGGUGUCAGACAGUGUAGUCAAAGCCAUCACAGAUGUGAUUGAAAUGGAUUCAAAGCGCGUGCCCAAGGAGAAGCUGUCGUGCAUCACUCGCUGCAGCAAACACAUCUUCAACGCCAUCAAAAUCAGCAAGAAAGAGGCUGCUUCUGCGGAUGACUUCCUCCCCACGCUCAUCUACAUUGUGCUGAAAGCAAACCCUCCAAGACUACAGUCCAACAUCCAGUAUAUUACCCGCUUCAGCAACCCCAGCAGACUGAUGACGGGAGAGGAUGGUUACUACUUCACUAAUCUGUGCUGCGCGGUCGCCUUCAUUGAGAAGCUGGACGGCCAGUCUCUGAACCUGAGCUCUGAGGAGUUUGAGCUCUACAUGUCGGGCCAGGCAUCUCCCAACUGGCCACAGUCCAGUGGAGCUUCUUCCGGCUCCCCAGGCAGCGCCGCUGUCACUCAAGUCCACAAAGGCCUGGACCUGCUCACAGGGCUGGGGGAGAGGCAGGAGCGAGUCAUGGAGAAGGCUCGGCAGCUGGAGAGCGACCUCAUCGACUGGACGGAUGAAGUGGAGCAGAAGGUGCAGAGCGUUCUGGAGAGCUUUCCACCAGAGACGCAGACCCCUGCUGCACCCACAGCGAGUGGGACAACUCUUUCAGCGGCAUCAGCAAUCGACUCUGAUAACGUUGAGAAUGAGCACCUGCCCCCACCGCUGCAACCGCAAGUGUUUGCUGGUUGAUUUGACGAGCUCUGCUUGAAAAAAAAGAAAAUCCUCUAGAGGCUUUACUCCACCCUCACCCUUCCCUACUGUUAAAUGUUUCUGUCCAUGUGCACAUACAGGAGUCACUCCAGCCAUCCCUUUUCAUCCAUACCAAGUCCAAGAGGCCCAAAAAUCACACUGAGCAGUUGCAGAACUUUUCGAUAAAUUAGGUUUAAAUUUGAGCUUUCUGGUAAAGACUUUUAUUUGCUUUCAUGCAGAGAAUUAGAGGGGAAGAUCAUUAACCACUCUCAUGUAUACUGUAUAGUAAAUAUAAAGCUGAGAGUACAGGCUUGAAACUAGAGGGAAACUUUUAGUGUGGCCCUUUCCAAAGGUAACAGAAAUCUGCACACUAGCACCUCAAAAGCUCACUAAUUAACAUGUUCCAUUUAGUUUGUUUAGUUGCAACAAAAGGUGUAAAAACCACAAGCUUUUUUGUCGCCUUCGGACAGAGUCAGGGUAGCUGUUCCCGUUACAAAGCUAAGCCUAAGUUUCAAAGCUUUACCUUAAUCUUUGAUUGGACAGACGUGUGAUUGUAUUGAUCUUCUUAUCUAACUCUAGGCAAGAAAGUGAAAAGCAUUUCCGAAGAGUUCCAGAAGCCAAGUUCACUAAAAGCAUUUUGUCCAGGUUACAGGAGGAUCCGCUGUGGCCUCUGUGGUGAAGCCCUGAUGUUCUGCUUCUCUUACAUUUUCAGGAUAAGCAGAUUUGUUCUGGCAUCCUCAACCUAGCCGUGUUCUUUGUUGUUCCCAGGCUAUAUUAGUAUUACCCCGGUGUGCUGCUACUGUUACUUCCUUCAAGUGAGAUGUGCAGGGAAACGCAAACUCUACUCCAAGCUCUUCCCGAAAUACACCUGCUGGUUCCCCACAUCUGCAGAACCUCAGUACUUCUCCAUCCGUAUUGUUAUACUAGGAAAAUUGGGUGGAUGUGAUUUUUAAUCAUGCUUCUGUCAUUUCUUUUUUUUUUUGGCAACUUUUUGGGUUAUGUUAUUAGGUCACUUGGUGUAAAUUGACUGACACAAAUUGAAGCAGGGGCUCAAAAAGUCACGCACAACCUGACCUGUAAUAACGUUACAGGAAAUAUCAGUCAAAUCAUUUUUGGCAAAGGAAAUGGAGGAAUCUGAAUGCAAAACUUAACUUCCCUUAACUUGAAUAACCCUCCAGCUCAUCCUUGUGAUUUGUCCUGUUUACUGCGUACCUCCCUUUCUUUCAGAGAAAUUCAGAAGUGUGUGUGUGUGUGUGUGGGUGGGGUCGUUUUGCAUGCAAGCAAGUGUGUGUGUGUGUGAGCGUGUGCUUCAUGGACAUGUUCUGUCAUUGUCUGUAAAUCAUUAAGUCUUCGCAGUGGUGUGUUUAUCGACAUGUUGGUCUUGUUUUCAUGGCAGACCUCUCACUCCAGUCAUAGGCUGGAUGUACAGAAGUGAUUUUAUUUUUCUAUAGAGUGGCAGGUAUCAAUUCCUUUGGAUGCAAUAGAAGACAUUAAGCCUGUAAUAUUUACAGUAGUACUCUUGAUAAACAACAUUGCUUGAACACAUGUUACACACAUUAUAAUUGAAUGGUAACAUUUUCAUCUAUUCAUUUAUAUUGGCCAAGAGGUUAUCAUAAGCAUAACCCUUCAUUUCAUCGUGACAGGGUUUUUUCUUCUGCUCCGUCAGGGCUUUUGGAUUUAAGAAGUUAAAGAUGAUGCAGUUUCCCAGAAACGCUAUUCAUAGAAAUUGUUCCAAGGCCGGUUACUUUAUUAGUUCAGAAGAAUAAAAUAACACAUUUAUUUUAUUUUAUUUUAAAGCACUUUUAUUCUCUAUGAUUUUUAAAGCUCCUAAUUCAUAAGUAUAUUUAAUGAAGGAACUAAUGGCUUUAUUCAGUUGAAGGGUUGAAGGAGAGUUGGUGAGAACAGUGUUUAACAAUCGAAGAAAUGUUUGGGAUAGUGGUAUCUUUAAAAAAAAUGAAAGGCACAUGUUUUCCCCUUUGCUCAUGAGCUUAAGUUUCCUCAAGUUUAUAGAUUUGAAUUUGUUAUCUUUGCAGCACGUAUAGCCAGUGUGCAGUUGCUGUCCAAUUUAGUCAAAUAAAAACCUUUUAAUGCAACCUUAAACAAUAGCUUGAAUAACUUCAUAUUGCACUGUAAACAGAAGCCAUUAUCAGGUAUUUUGAGGACGUUUGAAACAUAAUCUUUGUAACCUUAUAGGUUUGUUAAUGUAACACAUCGGAGAAAUUAACUCUGUCUUUUAUUUAAGUGUAACUUAUUAUUGGGGCAGUAUUGGCAUAUAUGCCUCUAUGGGUGUGUGAUGAUGAAUAAAAACUGAAUAUGCACGUG